AAUUGCGCUUCAGUCGAAGCAGAGCAGACAGCCAGCGAGCCAGCGAGCCAGCGAGCCAGCGAGCUAGUUGAUUGUCCGUGGUCGUGUUGCCGUUUGCUGUUGUUGUUGACGUAGUCGUUCGUCCGUUUGCUCGUUCGUUCGUUCGUUCGUUCGCCUUGGCUCGACGCUGUUAGCGCCGUUAGUGCCGUUAGUGCCGUUAGCGCCGUUCACGCCGUUCAGUCGAGGUCGUGGUCUCGCAUGAAGCGGUCGGACAAGUCGCAUCGAGAGUCUUCAGCCAGAGCAUUCACUGUAGCGCAGCCAGUUGAGUUAGUUUAGUCAGCGUAGUUCGUGCCACGUGCUACUGCGAUUGCCGUUGUUUUGCCACACACGGAAUCGCCGGAAUCGGAGGCGCGAGGUCCUCAGGCGCAGCGACGCGUAAACAUCAACUUCUUGCGGCCAACGAGAAGAUCAGAGCCAAGUCUACAUUUUUUUGCGCUGUGCACGCCCUGCCAAAUGAAGUGGCAUUAGCAAGCGUCAGCCUCCACUUUGAUAACAACAGGCGACCAAAGAGUAUAAAAAACGAAAGCGAAAGGCAACAAACAAAAAAAUAAAAUAAAUAAAAAAAAAAGAAAGAAGCAAGCAGCAAAAAAGUAAAUAAAUAAAAAAUAAAAUAAAAUCGAAAGAAAAUAAAAAAACAAUUGCCGUAGAAAAUUGUUUUCCCUGCCGUACAUCAGCCCGCUCCGGCAACGGCAACGGCAACAGCAACGCCUUCGUCUCCAUUUCCGCCUCCGGCAGCAAGUCGGCAUACGGGUCUCGGGACAGCCGGUGUUGCUGGUUAUUGAUUCAGUUGACCGCCUGAUCGAUGCGCCAUAUGUCUGGCUAAAAGACGUCUGCCACAGCCACAGCCACAUAGCCAGAGCCAGUUGGGCGCAUGCCACAGGUUGCGACAGUUGCCCCGACUCGUAUUGGAGUCCGCCUCACGGUUGAGUGAUUGUGACUUUGUAGUGUGCCGCAGACACUGCUCGAUACCGACAGAUGACUUGCCAAUCGAUCGGGCUAUUUAAGUAAAUGAAUGCUACCCCCGAUUGCCAUCUAACUGCAGACAGAGCUAGCGACCGAGGCUCCAGCCAGAUUCCCAAAUCAAUACACUCAGCUAACCGGAUGCGUCCCACUGCGCCCACAGCGAGAAUGAGUCGUGCCACACGAAGCGUCCGCCUCCUGGCCAGCGCCUGUGUUCUGGGACUCCUAAUCUUGUUGCCAGCCUGCUCAGCUGGACCGCACGAGAAGCGCCUCCUGCACGCUCUGCUGGACAACUACAACAGCUUGGAGCGACCCGUGGUCAACGAAUCCGAUCCACUGCAAUUGAGUUUCGGUCUAACACUUAUGCAAAUCAUCGAUGUGGAUGAAAAGAAUCAGCUGCUCAUCACGAACAUUUGGCUCAAAUUGGAAUGGAACGAUAUGAAUUUGCGUUGGAAUUCCAGUGAGUUUGGAGGUGUAAGAGAUUUACGUAUACCGCCCCAUCGAUUGUGGAAACCCGAUGUGCUUAUGUACAAUAGCGCGGACGAAGGCUUCGAUGGCACCUACGCCACCAAUGUGGUUGUGCGGAACAACGGCAGCUGCCUGUACGUGCCGCCCGGCAUCUUCAAGUCCACGUGCAAAAUCGACAUCACCUGGUUCCCCUUCGACGAUCAGCGCUGCGAGAUGAAGUUCGGCUCCUGGACCUACGAUGGCUUUCAGCUGGAUUUGCAAUUACAAGACGAAGCCGGCGGCGACAUCUCGAGUUUCAUAACAAACGGCGAAUGGGACUUGUUAGGUGUGCCCGGUAAACGUAAUGAAAUCUACUAUAAUUGCUGCCCAGAACCUUAUAUUGACAUAACAUUCGCCAUUUUGAUACGACGCAAAACUUUAUACUAUUUUUUCAAUUUGAUCGUGCCGUGCGUAUUGAUCGCAUCGAUGGCACUGCUAGGGUUUACACUGCCACCAGAUUCUGGUGAGAAGCUAUCGCUUGGAGUUACUAUUUUACUAUCGCUCACAGUCUUCCUGAAUAUGGUAGCGGAAACGAUGCCAGCUACAUCCGAUGCUGUGCCGCUGUUGGGAACUUAUUUCAAUUGCAUUAUGUUUAUGGUGGCCAAAAAAAAAAAAUCAACCAUACUUAUCCUCAAUUAUCAUCAUAGAAAUCCAGAAAAAAAAAAAAUGAGUGAAUGGAUAAGAGUAAUAUUCCUUUAUUGGUUACCUUGCAUAUUGCGCAUGCAAAGACCCGGACAGGUUGGCUACGAAUGCCCGCCGCCGCCGUCGUCGUCGGGCUCCUCGACAGCUGGUGACAAAAAGCAACAGAUCCAAAACGUUGAGCUCAAGGAAAGGUCCUCGAAAUCGCUGCUCGCCAACGUACUCGACAUUGAUGACGACUUUCGUUGCAAUCAUCGCUGCACUAGCGCCACGUUACCCCAUCAGCCCACAUACUACAGGACAAUGUUCAGGCAAGGCGACGAUGGCAGCGUGGGUCCAGUUGGGCCCGUUGGUCCAGUGGGUCCAGUCGCACCUGUGCCCGACUCCCGCAUGCACGAGGCCAUUUCCCACACCUGCCUCAGCUCUUCGGCGGAAUACGAACUGGCGCUGAUACUCAAGGAACUGCGCUGGAUAACCGAUCAGCUGAAGAAAGAGGAUGAGACAGGCGAUAUAACGCGCGAUUGGAAAUUUGCCGCAAUGGUCGUGGAUCGUUUGUGCCUUAUUAUUUUCACGCUCUUCACAAUUAUAGCCACGCUGGCUGUGCUCUUCUCGGCGCCACAUUUCAUUUUCCCAUAAAUGAUUCACUCUGACGGUCUACGUAAUUGCUUCAGUUUUGGCACGAGUCGUACAAAAUAUUGUUUCUACUUUUGUAAAAUAC